AUGAAAAGAGGAGGCAGAACAAAGCAAAGAUCAGCCAGCCGUAAACGAAAAAGCAGCACCCCAAAGUAUUCCUCUGAUGAAGAGCCUAUUUCUAAUACUACACCUAAAGGAAAUAAAGGAAUUUUGAUAUCUCAAGAGAAGUAUGAUGAUAUGAAAAGAAAUCAGCAGCUGCUUGAAGAAAUUAAGGCUCGGUCAAAUUUUAAUGCAAAAGAAGUUGCCCGGCUUCAGCAUGAAAACUCUAAGCUAGAAAUUUUAAAUAAUGACUUAAAAGAAGAGCUUCAAGACUUAAAGCAGCAGCAUUUAGAUGAUACUCUCAAAAUCAAAGAAUUAGUUUUCAAUAAUAACUCAUUGCAAAACCAAAUGAAAGAAGCUAGCAAUACGACAUUAAAAGAGCAGCAAAGUGUGCUUAAUAAACUGAAAGCAUCAUUAGCAGAUAUUGAAGGAGUUUUAAAUUAUAGAUCUGCUUCUGGCAGACGGCAUUUAAAUUCUCUCAGUCGCGUUUUAGCAAAGCAUUCAAAAUUGCUGUUCGACCAAGAAUUUUCAAACGUCACAAAGAAUAAGUUUAUAAGCAGCAUAAAAGAGAUGAACAUUUGUAUAGAAUCCACAUUGAAAGUGAUCACCGAAGACUCAGUUGAAAAUCUGCUUGAAACAUUAUCAGUCUCUCAAAAUUCAAAAGCAAUUAAAUCAGGAAUUGAAGAGAAAUUAAGGGCUGAGCUGAAAGACAAAGAAGACACUAUUGAAGAGUAUAGAACAGCACUUGAAAAACUUAGAGAGCAAACACUCAAAUUGAGAGAAAGACUCAAAAAUCCAAUGGCGGAAGAAAAUUUGAAGAAAAUCAUAGAGGAGCAAGAAAAGAAAAUUGAAAAGUUGAAUUCUGAGAAAGAAAUGAUGAAUAGCCACAUAAGUGUUUUGCAGUCUUCGAUGAACGAGCAGUGCACACUUAUCGAGCAGUUAAGAGAGAUCAUAAAAACCCUAUCCAAAUCUCAAAUGAUUUCUGAGUCUUCUUCUUCUUUUAUCAAGCCUCUACCUAAAGAAGAUAAAAUACCAGAAACCACAUCAAAUUUGUUUGUAAAACCAAUUUCAAUAGAAGAUAGGCCAUACAGUUCUAAUUCUAGCUCAUUUAUCAAACCCAUAGCUAAAGAAGACAAGCCUUCUAAUUCUCCUUUGAAUUCCUUUAUUAGGCCUUUAUCUAUAGAAGAAAAGCCGAUAACUAAAUCUCCUGAAAAAGAAGAAAUUUUAGAUGAUUAUAAACCAAAUGACCAAGAAGAUUUAAAAGUUGAAAUUUCUCUGCUGGAUCAAGAAAUUUUCCAACUCCAGCAAUCUUUACAACGAGCACUCGGGCAAUAA